CAACAUCAAUUUGUAGACUUUUCAAUAGGAGAAAGAAACAGCACAAGCAAUAUCACUUUGGUAAAUAAAUUAUGCUCCAAAGUAGACAAUCUCGUAAAGGCUAGCAAAUGAGAAAUCAAAGGUUAAUGACGCUAAAGAGGAGUAGAAUAUAUCGAGAUAAGGAAAUGAAAGGUGAGAAAAUGGGAUUGAAGAACCAUAAAUUGAAGGAGAGAAGGGAGAAUAGGAAGGAGAGGCUGAGAUUAUUGAUACAAAGGCUCUUGAAUUUGAAGAAGGAAGUCUUAGGCCUAACAACCCAAAAUUGUUCGUUUAUCCUUGCACCUUCAGCGGCUUUCUUGACUUCCUCUGCUUCCUCUUCGUUUGUUAUCGCCGCUGACCGGAGAUACAGGCGGGAGGCGACCGCAACAUUAGCAAAAAGGGUACGUUUUAAACGUAAAAGAGGUUAUAACUGGUGUGUUCGGCGCCGAAAACCUCCUUCCAGAUGUUAUUAUCCAUUCCCAGUGACCGCAAAAACCAUCUGGAAAGUGGUUUUCGGAAUUGGAGACGCUAGAUGUGGCUUCCACUGCGCAGAAAUCCCUUACUACUCUCAUAGCCGGAGUAGUGCCCGGAGAUAGUUCCAAUUUCCUGGCCGGAUCCAUUAACUGUUGCAGUUAAGGUAUGUAUGUAUGUUUUGUGUUAAGAUUCACUUACAUAAUUGUUACACAAAAUCUUGACUAUUGAUCUCUCUAUUAUGAAUGAUUGAUUCAGAUUUACCACGAUUUAAAUCUUAAUCUAAACAGAUGAAUGGUACAGAUUUUGUGGAAGGGAUAUGUGUAACUCAUGUUUUAUUUAGGGUUCAUGGUUUUUCAUCAUCCUUUCCUCCCAUGGUAUACAAAAACCGUUUGUUUACCUUUGUUUAUUUGAGGACUUGUUUGCCUGAGAUUUUAGUUGGGAGAAGGAGUAGGGAUGUUGUUAGAAUUUGAAUUCAAUAAAUAGAAUGAUGACAUGAAUAAAAUUGAAGUGUCUGU